UAAUUAUAUGCAUUCUCUUUCAUUUUGUGUUCCCACGCAUGCAUUAAUGGCUAUUCUCUAGCCAACUUCAAUCUAGCUAGAGGUGGUCCGGUGGUUGCAUGCGCCACCGUCAAAUCCAAUCACCCGACAACAUAUAUGCAUUUUGCAGGCAGGCGGUAACUAAGGAUCCUUUAGUUCAAUCUCUAUUAGUACAUACAUAUAUACAAUUUGAAGAAUAUAUAAGUACGGAUAGCGAAUUCAUGAUGAUGGUGGUCCCUCAUCAAGAAAGCGGGACCCUCAUUACCGCCGUGGCCAUAGACAAGGAUAAGAAUAGCCAAUACGCCGUCAAAUGGGCUAUAGAGAACCUCCCCAAGAAAUCCCGCAAUCUAAUCCUCGUCCAUGUCAUUGUCCAACUAAACAUGCAAUCACGUAGAGGACUAUGUCACCAAAGAAGGCCGCCCACCAACAAAUGAUGAAGUGCAGAAUAUAUUCUUGCCUUUUCGUGGUUCUUGUGCUCGAAAAGGGGUGACGGCGAAGGAGGUGGUACUUGUGAGCCUUGACGUAAUUAAUGCACUCGCAGAAUAUAUAUGUGCUAGCUCCAUUAGCACCAUCGUUCUUGGAGCUUCAAGCCGGAACGUUUUGGCAAGAGCAUUUAAGAAUGUGGAUGUCCCAACAGGCUUAGGAAAAUUUGUUCCAGAUUUUUGUUCUGUCUACGUGGUCUCCUCACGAGGGAGAGUUCAAAACAUAAGAGUUGCUACUCGACCUCCCGCACCAAGCAACUAUAGCAGGCAAUCGUCUCAGUCAAGUUUAUGUCUAUCUUUUCCUGAUACAGUUUCUUCUUCUACAGAUUUUUCCAGCCAAGUGACAUGGAAAUCUGGAGGAAGCUUAGCAGAUACAGAUUCCUUCCAUAGUGGGUUCUCAGAGAGGAAAGGAGGGCCAUGUGACAAUGGUCAUCAUAACAGAAAGAAUCCACUAUCACCGCCAUUAUCCAACCACAGCUUUGAGUCUACAUCAAGAAGCCAAUGGGAAAACUUGUCUAGUACUACUAGCAGCAGCAGUGACAAUAGCCAAAUGGCUCCACUCAAUAGGCAGCUCGGCAGUAAAGACAUGUCUUCCUCUUCUCCGCAGCAAUCCAUGUAUAAUAAGACUUCUUCCCCUUCAUGUCCUCCUUUCAAAGCUAAUACAAUGCUGAACAAUGUGAACCAACGAGGUCGUAGUAGAGAUACCUCAUUUUGUUCGGUGGCUGAAUCUGAACUUUCAGGCCCAACAAAUUACUCCUCCAGUGUAUCCUAUGAAUACUCUUCUAUUUCAGAAGCUGCUGGUAACUCCCACUCUUCAAGUGUAGGGGUGGAAGAAGAUGAAGAAAUUAAAAGACUAAAACUGGAAUUGAAGAAGACCUUAGAUAGGUUAAAUGAAGCUAGAAGACAAUCAAAUACCCCUAAACCGAUGGUAAGGAAAGUAGAUGAAUGGAAGUCAGAAGAGAUGCAAAGAUUAGAACAUUACAGACGGACUCAAGAAGAUGAACUAGUCACUAUGGAAAGGGAGAAACAUAAGACAAAGGAAGCACUAGAAAUGGGAUAUCACAUAUCAGCGAAUGAGGUACAAUAUAGAAGAUACAACAUUGAAGAGAUUGAAAUUGCAACAAAUUAUUUUUCAAAAUCGGGGAAAAUUGGAGAGGGCGGAUAUGGCCCUGUCUAUAAAGCUAUAUUGGACCACACGUCUGUUGCUAUUAAAGUCCUGAGGCCUGAUAUUCCACAAGGGCACAAACAAUUUAAGCAAGAGAUUGAGGUUCUCAGUCGAAUAAGGCAUCCAAACAUGGUCCUCUUGUUGGGUGCAUGCGACGAGUACGGUUGUCUUGUAUAUGAAUAUAUGGAAAAUGGGAGCUUAGAUGAUAGACUAUUUUGCAAGAACAACACCACACCAAUACCAUGGAUGACCCGUUUCGCAAUAGCUGCAGAGAUAGCAACCGCCCUCAACUUCCUUCACCAUGCGAAACCUGCCCCACUUGUCCACCGUGAUCUCAAACCAGCAAACAUUCUCUUGGAUAAAAACUAUGUGAGCAAGAUUAGUGACGUGGGGUUGGCAAGACUUGUCCCGCCAUCUGUCGCCGACUGCGUCACUCAGUAUCAAUUGACGGCAGCAGCUGGGACAUUCUGUUAUAUUGAUCCGGAGUAUCAGCAGACUGGGAAGUUGAGUACGAAGUCAGACAUUUACUCUUUGGGAGUUUUGUUAUUGCAGAUAAUUACCGCCAGGCCUCCGAUGGGUCUAAAGCACCACGUCGAGAGAGCUAUAGAUGAUGGUAAAUUUGGAGAGAUUCUUGACCCGGCAGUAAAAGAUUGGCCCAUUCAAGAUGCGAUGGCUUAUGCAAAAGUGGCUUUGAAGUGUUGUGAGCUGAAAGGGAGGGAUAGACCAGAUUUGGGUUCAGUCGUAUUGCCUGAGUUGGAGCGCCUAAGAAACAUCAGCUAUAGAAAGAAUCCCCUCAAUUAAAAUUGUCAAGAAACUUUUUACCGCUAAAACAUGUAAAUGUGGUAAACAACACUGCAAGAUUGAACACAACUGAUUCAUCAGUUUAACUAGAGUUCUUAUAAAUCCAAUGUCUUUCUUUACUAUUUCAAUGUAACACUCUUAUGCUUAAUAACUAAGUAUGAGUGGGAACCAUAUUACGUAACAUAAAUAACAUAUUCUUACCAAAGAAGAAAGAUCUAUACUAGGAUUACCAUUAUAAUAAAU